AUGCUCCAACCCGCACGCGGCACAAGCCGCCAAAUAGCCCGGCUCUCCUCCGGCGGUCGAAAUAUCCAAGCAUCCCAAAGAAGACACUUCAGCCACUCCAAACCAUGCCCGAGUCCAACAACGGCCGCAGCAGCCGAAAUCCAAGCAGCACAAAAAUACUGCUCCGACCUCCUCAUUAAAUAUGACCGCCCCUCCUACACUCUCCACACCUUCAUCCCGCGGCACGCUCAACAAUUCUACCUCGCCCUCCGCGCCCUAAACGUCUCCCUCUCGAUGAUCCCCGAAACAACCAGCUCCCACACAAUCGGCCUCAUGCGCCUCCAAUUCUGGCGCGAAUCGAUUGCCAAGAUCCUCGCCGGCAGUCCGCCCAAAGAACCCAUCGCCAUCCUCCUCUCCUCCGCCAUCGCAGACCUCCACGAGCGAACCAACGGCCACGCCCGGAUCAGCAAAGGCUGGUUAACGCGGCUUAUUAGCGCCCGCGAGCGCGGCCUAACGAAUGAUCCGUACCCCGAUAUCGCGGCGCUGGAGUCCUACGCCGAGAGUACGUAUUCCACGCUCAUGUAUCUUACGCUCUCGGCGCUGCCCAUGGCCUCUGUUACGGCGGAUCAUGUCGCAUCGCAUGUGGGGAAGGCGGCGGGGAUUGUGGCUGUUUUGCGGGGGUUACCGUUGGUUGCAUUUCCUGCAGCGCGUGCGGCGGGGCAGCAGGGUGGUCAGCAGGCUGGCGGCGCGGCGAGGCAGGGCGCUGUGAUGCUUCCGUUGGAUGUUAUGGCGCAGGCGGGAGUGAAGGAGGAAGAGGUUUUCAGGCUUGGGGCUGAGGCGUCUGGACUGCGGGAUGCGGUCUUUACAGUUGCCACACGGGCAAGUGAUCAUUUGAUUACUGUUCAACAGAUGUUGAGUAACCUGCGUGCUGGACAGGAUGUGGGGCAUGACUUUGAGCAUGAGGGCGAGGAGGGCAUGAGUAUGAGGCCUUGGAUGAUCAGCGGCAGGAGUCGCCGUUGGAUGAGGUUAACCGUGCAUUCGGUGUCUUCAUGCCUGCGGCCUGAGCUUCUUCGCUCGGAUUGGAAACUACCCUGGAAAGCCUACAUGGCGUUUAAGCAGAAGAGUUUGUAA